GACUCCUGAGCAUUUGUAGAGUUAGAGCAGGACAGACCCACACAGCGGGCAGGGGAGUCUAGCUUCCGAGAUUAGCACCUUAAAUGUUGAUAAACAACCCUGUCACUCCGCACAGUGGUCUUUUGAAAGCUGGGAAGACGCAAAUUGACUUGGAGUUCCCGGUCGCGCGCGCUCUCCUUGGAGGAGAACUAAGGGAGGAGGACAUUUGCCGCUUGGUCUCAUCUCAACCUUCGGUCGGGGGUGGCUUCAAAGAGACUCAAGAUUGGACUCAGGAAUAAAAGGAAGAACAGGCUGGCGGUUUUCAAGGGAAGUUAAGUCGAAUCGUGCUUCUCUGAAAGUCACAAGGCAGAAGUUAUGGCAAAAGCAGAAUUUAAUAGAAACAAAACAAAAACACCAUGAGCUUGUCCCUCGCUCUUCCGGGAUUGUAAAUUAUCCCGAAGAAUCACAUGGAAAAGGUUCCUGGAACAGAAGUCUAGGGAGCAAAAACCUUUGACAGGAAUCUCAUAUUCAUUGUUCCCCUAUAGCAGGGAAGCACUUGCUUUCGGGCCGCCGCCUCCCAGCAUACACCGCUGCCUCGGAUCCCACCCCGCCGCCCGGUUGCGAAAAGCCGGGGAAGGAGCGGAGUGGACGCCGGAGGCCACCGGGAGAGAGGGGCUGCUGCCGCCGAGGCCCUUCCCCACGUGCGGCGCCCCGGGGCCCUCGGCCCGCUGGCCAUGGCCGACAGCGGCGGCACGGGCAGCUCGGGCCCCUGGUGGAAAUCGCUAACGAACAGCAGGAAGAAAAGCAAGGAAGCCACCGUCGGAGCGCAGCCUCCCGCCCAGCCUACCCCCGGGGAGCCCGCGGCCCCCGCGCCGCCCAGCCCGGACUGGACUAGCAGCUCCCGGGAGAAUCAGCGCCCCAAUCUCCACGCGAGCGCCGGCGAUCCCCACAAGCCAGACAAGUUGGUCGCGGAGAAAUCCGGCAACAGCCGCCGCAAUUUGAAGAUUUCGCGCUCCGGGCGCUUUAAGGAGAAGAGGAAAGUGCGAGCCACUUUACUUCCGGAGGGAGUGAGGUCCCUGGAGGAGGCAGGUUUCCCUGGUGACCCCCACGACGACAAGCAGUAGCCGGAUCGGACUGUCCUGCCCACCGCGCCUCCCCAACCCCCCAGUUCUAAACGCGAGAAUUCUGGCCCGCCCUAGCACUCGGUGUGUCUCAUCCCACCAAAUUCAGAAUAUUCACGCAAGGCUUCCAAGAUUUUAUUUUCCUGGAAGUGGAAGUGUCAAUUGAGUUUUCAAUAUUUCGUGACUCAAGGAUGCAUUAAAUAUUUAUCUGCGGUAAGAGAAGAUACAGAGAAAGUUGUCAUAAUAUUAUCUUCAAAAGGCUAUUCUGUGGCCUCCUGUGUGUCACCUGUGGGAGUGAGACAGGUGCAUUUCUAAGAGAUGGUAGUUCCACUGGAUCUGUGCAGCCCCUCCGAUGAGGAAGCGGGCUCUAAUUCAGAACUCGCUAUUGGAGGGCAAAUCACAGUGCUGAUUUUAAUGCCUGAGAAAUGCACUUUAGAAGCACUUCUGUAGACUUAUACCUGAAGUGAAGGGAUGCGAGAGAGGAGGGAGCAUUCUAAAUAGGAGCGUGUUAAGUAAGGAAAGAUUGCUUUUAAUGUUGAACUACAAAACUGUCCUGCCUAUUUUACUGUGGACUAUUAAAAUAGUUGUACUGUUUAAAGGUGACUUAAGGUGACUUUUGUACUUUUUCCAUGGCAAGACUGAAGCCCAUCAUACUUCAAAGCAGGCGUGCAAAAUCUGAGGUGACAGAGUUAAUCAUUUGCCACACAACAUAACAACUACUCUUGGAAACCUUCAGGGAGGAGAACAUUUCUAGAAACUAGCAACACCCAGACUGGAACCAGUUAGCCGGAUAUCCCCAUUUACUGACCAAAUUCCAGGAAGGGAGGGAAAGGUCUUCAUUCGUUAUUCCUAAGUUCUCUUUUUUACUUCAGUGCAUCUAUAUACAUAAGUCACAGUGACUUGUGUCAUUAUUUUCAGUCUCCGUGUGAGCCUUACCAACAAUUGUCUGGAAUUACACAAACAGACGGACCGGAUUCUUAGUUUGUGCAAAGCCGGCUUCUUUUCCCACGCUUUUGUUUCAAAAGCUUCUUUAGUCUGAUGUAUGUAUGCAUUUAUCUAGUUUCAAAGCCUUUAGAUCGACCAACCUGAAGAUUCUUAACAAAAAUCUACCUGUUUGCUUUUGUUGUGAACUUCAAGAAAAAAAAAGAGUAAAUGAAUACCACUUGCUUUCAGCAAAUUACAAGAGGGUUAUUGUAGUUGUUAAGGGGCUCUGGAACCUUUUCCCACCACUAUUCAGUUCAUUUAUAAACAUCCAGAAAUGCAUAGCAGGGGAAUUAAAAUGAUCAAAGUGUAUUUCUUUUUUAGAUAACUAUAGGCAAGAACUUGAUUGGAGUUUCUGAAUUUGUAAUAGGUAUGUAGAGAGGCAGUUUUCUGUUUCUCUCAAAUUAGUAAUGUAUAAAAUAGCAAAUCAUGUCAAUUGUCUAAAGAGAUUUAACAAAGAAACUUAAUAGAAAUGGCUAAAAUGGAUUUAAGUGAGUGAAUCAAGCCUGGCUACCAGCAGAACAAUAGGGUGUUUCCACAUACUCAAUAAUGAGUUUCCACAUACUAAAGACUUUCUCCAAAGGAAAUUGUUUACAUGGGGAUCACGACCACCUUACAUGAUAAGGGAAAGUAUGUGAGCUUUUUUUUUUUUUUAACCAUGAAAGGGCUUUUCUGGUGUGUAUUUAGAACUGGAAACUACGUGACCAAAGUCUCAUCAGGGUGAACUUCCUGGGUAAGAAAGAAUUUACAUCAGUGUUAAGCGGGCCUACCAUCUCUCGACUCUGAUGGAGAACUUGGAAGAAUUUCAUGGUAAGGGAAGGGAAUGAGGGCUGGCAGAGCCUUGGGGGUGCAUAGAGCAGAAGCCGUCAAAUAAGGCUUUGGGACACUUUAAAGAACUUUUUUUUUUCCCUUAAAAAUUCCUUUACAUCCACAAAACACUGACAUUUUUCCCGGUUCUAUAUCAUGUUUUGGGCCCUAUCCAAGUCUGUAAUUGCUGUCGGUAAUCAACAGCAGACAGAUAGCAUGGGAACUUAUUAACAAGACAUCUUUACCUCACAGUGCUGAAAGAAUUUAAAGUUACGCUAAUGUGAAUGAUGACGAUGAGUGCAAUUCUUAAUCUGCAACCAAGGUUUGUAAUGACAUCGUUUUAAAGCAGUCCUAGUCAGGCAGCAGGAGUGCCCUGAUUUAAUCCCACCUCAGUGAAACCAGAAACCAAGCAAAAUCGGCACGAUAGAAAAAUCAUGAGAAAGAUGAGAUCAUUUGACAAAGUGUCUUGCUGGGGUUUAUAUGAUUGAGAGAUGAUUAAGUGCAUUUACAUCACAUGCAUGCAGAUUUUAAAAAAAAAAUGUAAACCUCAAGAUAAUUUAUAGAAAACAAAGGGCAAAUGUUGAAUUAAAUUUUGAGUUCACUAGAUUAGAGACUUUUGUUCUCUUCGACCCUCUUGCAAAUGACACUUUAUCCACAAGUUUGGAAACCAUUAAAGAAAUUUUAAUACCAUGUUUCCAAAUGAGAUUUUUAAAUGGAACAAAAAUCUAGUGGUGUGUUUGCUAAAUACGUAACCACAAUAAUUAUAUGCACAGGUACUUUUUUGCCUCAGUGACUCUCCCUGCAAAGUCUGAGGCCAAGCAGUGACUCAUAUUACAGGUCACCUGCAAGUCCCUUUACGUUCCUGCUGCUAUUGUUCAUUCCAUUGUGAGUUGCAUUGAGACUAGUUUGCAUAUGCAGUUAGGAGAUUCUGCUUGGAAAUAAUUUUUUCUGCUGUGACACAUAAUGUGAACUCAACAACGUUGAUCUUGCUGUGUCCUUAAAAGGGAACUAUAAAACUAAUGACCAGUAGCAUUAGCUAAAACUUUGUCAGAAAGAGUUCUCCUGAGACGCUCAGCAGAGAAUUUUGGCACCUCGAAAUAAAGAAAAUGAACAGAAAGAAUUUCAAAUAAAAGGUGAACCAGAAAGGAAAAGAAUGGGACACUAAUAAUAUCCAGUGACCACAUGGGAUCUUUUAUGAAAAAGAGAGAGAGAAUGAAAAUAUUAUUUUUCCCUAGAGUGUCAGCCAGACUACAAGCAAAUGCACACACACAAAACUAGCUUGACAGAUGCAGUAAGGCAAACUGGUCUUUGGAAAGUCUGUUUUAUUCGUGUAGCAUUUUAUUAUUAUAAUUAUACAGAAAUUAGGGUAUUCUUUCCGAGGACAAGCUCAAGUUUAUUUCCGUGGCAAGUAGAAAGUGGGACCAGAGAUAUUUUAUGCCCAUGGGUGACAACACACAAGUACCUUAGAUUGGAACCAACUGUGCAGACCAGGGCAAACUCAGUCAUCCACAAGCUGCUGUCCCAUUACAGCAUUGUUCUUCUCACCUGUUUUUUGUCCUCCCCGGCCCCAUUGUCACCAUGCCCCUGAGCCAUCACACAAGCACUCAGACUAGGCUCAGAGACAUGGAAGAGGGGGUACUGGCGGCACAGGGGUGUUCCCCAACCCCCUGCAGACACAGCAUCUUGACAACCACUUUGUCCAAGGUGGGCUUGCAGACUUGGAAUAUGGGGUCCAUCGUAUUUAUGGUGAGAGAAGAUUAUCGCUAAGGAGAUGAUGUACAAGGAAACUGCACAGGCCUUGCCUGAGCAGAGGACAGUUGGCCAUUUUUAUAGAAAUGGUAAUAGCUAUGGACCACAGCAAGUAAGAAUAAGAGAGGAUAUAAGCGAUCCUUCCAGGUAGUCAAAGCAAGAAAUGUAGUGUUGCUUCCAAACCCAAUUAGGCUGCCGAUAACACAAUAAUGGACUGGAAAAUCUCAUAUCAGAGUUGUGGAUAAAACCUCAUGCAAUAAAAAUAUUCAUGAAUAAGGUGUGUAACAAGACUGCUUAACCACAAGAUAAAGAUGUCUGGCCCCAAAACUGGAAAGGUUCAUAUGGAAGAAGCUGGAGGGUCCUCGUCCUGAGAGGAGCCGGUUGAGCAGGAAAUGUGGGACCAUGUGAAAUCUCCGUGCCUUUUUCGAAGGGAUUUUCCUUGAGUUACAACUACCCUGGGUCAUUCAUUUCUUUCUAGUGCUAGUCAACAAAUAUAACCGUUGAUUUCAUAUUCUACAAGAAUGGCAGAAGCACAGUUUUCCAUGACACCUGAUCAUAGUUCUCUCUCUGACUUGCUUUCAGAUGAGUCUGAGAUGAUCUGGGUGCCAGUUUAUUCCUCUGUAAAAUGAUGAAAUGGAGUCUGUAGUCCAUCUUCAAAAUUCUCUUCCAGUAUUCUGCUAUUUUGAGCAACUGGUUGUAAAAGUUAGUUCAUAUAAUGCUCAUCGUUGACUAUCAAAGACCAAGUGUUUUAUAAGUCCAUUAGUGACGGUCAGAGGUGGGGAGCCAGGAGGGAGGCCAAGUCUAAAGUGUAAUGAGACUACCGCCAUGUGGUAGGGAGCUGCCACCACCAUGCUGUCACCGGCCCAAUAAUUGGGGUUAUUCUGCUAUUGGAAACAUCACGCCUUACCGUUCCUGUCUAGAAUCAAAUUGCAGUAAGGAUAGCUCCUGAUAGUGUGUUAGCAUUCAGAAAGUGUGCUUUCACAACCAUUAUCACAAUUGUUCUUCAAAACUAACCCUCAAAGCCUCCGAAUCCUGCCAACGUACCUGAUUCUCUACUCUUGUUUAAACUCAACUUUUUUCCAUUCCUGUCUAUGUUGCCCUACGUGAGGAGUUCUUCUCUUCCAGACACAGGGACCUGGAGACAAUCAUUUCUUAACUCUUCUCCCAACUCUGUUUAAAACAGUGCCGGCUAAGGUCAAAGCCCUUCACAAGGGCUGCCACCCAUGUCCAGCCAUUCCAUGUGAUUGACAGUUCCCUGAGAGUGGCUACGCUUUGCCGUGCCUGCGGGCUUCUGUCUGUCCCGUUGCCUCCGUUUGGCCUAUUCUUUCCCCCCCACCUGCCUGGCAAAGCCUCAGUCAUCCUUUGAGAGUCAAGAGUCUCCUCCCAUGUAACUGUCAUGGUCCGGCUUCCCCCAAACAGAGCUGAUCGUUGUGUUGGGAAACAUCUAUGAGUAAUACCUUCAGGCCUGUGUUCCCUGCCAUCACUGACAAUAUUAUAUGUUUGUGAUCAUGUGUCUCUCUUCCUCAUUAGUUGGGAACACAGAGAAAUUCAAUGGGCAAUGCUCAUUCUUCAUACUCCUUCACAAACUCCUGGCUAACCUACAAGGCUAUGGACCCUCCAGGUAGCAGGCAUAGCUAGCAUAUAGCUCUUGGUAGGGCCAUACUCUUUGCUCCUCUAGGGAAGCAGGCUAUGUCUGGCUGGUAGAGAAAUUUCUGGGAGUUGUGACUCAGAGUUUGAUCAGGAGAGAGAAAACACACAAUUUGAACAGAGAACAUUUCAUAUAAAAACUAUUAUGUAAACAGAGAUUGGAGUAACAAGGGAUUGGCUAGUACAAAGUAAAGGGAACCCAAAAGAACACAGGAAGAAAUAUAGAGGGCAGCCACUCCUCUGGAGCUGAGACAGAGUGCUCGGGGAAGAACCCCUCUUCCUUUCAACCCUCUAGACCUCAUAGGAAAGUGCAUGGCUGUGACCCACCAAUUGGUAGAGAAAUAGCUGUGGUGUCACACUGAUGGAACUUGCUGGAAAUCCAUCUGCUAGAACUGGUCACUGUGUGCCAGAGGGCACUAAAGCACUAAUCACUCAAUUCUUUGAGCUUCAUGGAUAAAAACGUAGGCACUAUCACUGUGUUAAUCCAUUAUGGGGGAAAAUUUGUGUUUCUGUAGUCUAGGCUACAUUGGUUUCAAGAGGGCAGUUGCUGGCCCAUAAAAUGCCUUUGUGAAGGUGAGAGAAAGGUCCUCCUUCCUUGGGUGGACUUCAACCCUACACACGCCCCAGGCAGGUGCUCUUGUGCAGUAAACAACCUACACAGCCUUACACAGCAGCUCUGAGUCCACAAAUAGAUGGAACUAUGCCCCAAAGGUGAAGGGAUUCAGUAAAGAACAGAUGAGCCAGCGUGACAGGAAGCUCAGGUUCUAGACCCACUUUUCUAACCAAUAGUUGUGUGGUCUCAAGCGAAUCACUUAAUUGCUCCAGACUUUCCUUUGCUCACUUGUACAAUGAGAAGUUCAGAUAUGUCAAGUUCAAAAAUUCCAUUACUGUCACGCCUAUAUAAGGGAAGCAUUGUCUACCUUGAUGUGCAAAAACAGACCAAGCUCUCCAAUACCGGCAACAAAUUCCAAAACCUCAAAGAGGGGGUUUCUCAACCCUUUCCAUGACAUGCUAAAAAACCGUUGUAAAAACUAAGGUCAGGAUGAGAGCAAGGCUGCAGAGAGAACCUGACUGGGAUGGAAGAUGAUCAUUAUUUGAAAAGAAUAACGGAUAAGGGCCGUGAAGGGGGACUUCAGUUGUGGGACCCCCAUGCGAACUUCCUCAGUACUGAGCUCUGUCCCUUCAUUAGCAGUCAUAUUGCUCAGCCUCCUAUUGCAAAAUUGUUUGGGUUUAUUUUCAAUACUUUGCUCUUUAAGACAAUGCUAUGCAGAAUAAUUGGAAUGUAGAUCAUUUUGCACCUGUGUAAAAUUUUUUUGUAAAAUAAAAUUCUAGAAGCAGGCAUGUUGGGUCAAGGAAUAUA